AUGGGAGAACCCAGGGAGGGCAUUCUGGUCGUCGAAUGCGAACGCAUCGCGGCGCUCGUGGAUGAGGACUUUCCUCUUAGGUCCCGCCGGCUUCUCGUGGCGUCUUCUCCCCUGGACCCCCAAUUUACCCUCCUGGAGAUCCUGUGGACGCUGCGUGCUAAGAUUGGCACCCGGCCCAUGCUUGUUUUUGAGGAUCGAUUGGUCGACCUUGUGCAUCAAGAGAUCGCCUUCCCAUACGCCGAUAUUAUACAGGACCAAGCCGAGCGGAUCAACAUCCGCGAGGAGCUCGACAAAGGCAUGGAGAGUUGGAUUGCCGGGCGCUUGCAGAGCAUCGACAACAUGUCAGACGCUAUUCAAUCGGUGCUCAAUGUCAUUGGUGGCUUGGAAAAGAACGUGAAGAAAGAAGAUGAGGAUGAAGAUGGGGCGUUGCGGCUUCCAUCCGCCUAUCCGGAGUGGUGGAGGGCGCUUGUGUCUUCGUACGUUGCAGUUUCCGUCCAAGCACGAUAUGGCUUGUGUCUGUCACUCGUUACGUUGCUCUUCUUCGUCUCGGAAGAUUUGCCACAAUGGGAUCCUGCGUUGCUAGCAGAAAUCUUUGUGGUAUUCCGUGGGAUCGCCAUGUUCCGGUACGCGACGCGCCAGCCAGCUGCGGGCAGCGUCAGUACGCCAGCUGCUGAGCCCUUGACGGACGAGGAAGUUGUCGCGAAGAUGAGGGACAUGCAUGUCUCCUCAACAGCCUCUGGAUUCACGCCGAGCUACUCGCUCAUCCACCGUCUCCUCACGCAGUACGGCAGCGAUGCAGCAAUCGUGCCUGCCUCUGCACACCUAUUCUUAGAUUCUUCCGGGCUGCUGGAAUCCUUAUCUCCUGCAAAUGCGACGAAGCUCGAGGUGCUCUUUUGUGAGCGGCUUCGCCUUCUCGGAUACCGCAAGGUUUCCAGAGAGAGCUUAGCGUGGCUACCCAGGACAGCUGGGGUGACGUACGUGCUUGGCCGACUGUGGUUGGAUGAGGGUAGGUACGAUGAUGCAGCCUCUGUAAUGGAGGGUGUGGCAGUCAGCUUCGGACGUGACAGCGCGUUAACCACGGAGGACCACGAGGCUCUGGCCGGGGUACUGCCAGGCGCGGCGUUCUUCCAAUCUGUGUUCGAUUUCUAUUUGCAUGUCGCCGGCCUCUUCAAGGCCGUUUCUGUGACAUCAAGUGAAGUGGUGUUUUCCCAGCUCGCUCUGUCCGUGGCACCGCCAGGCGUCGACAGCGCGUCCCUGUGGCACGCGGUCAUAAGAGGCCUCACGGACUUGGAGCUUUAUGAAGAUGCAAUAUGGGAAUGUGUGAGCCAACUGAUGUACCGGAUGUGCGAGGAGCACGCCGUCGACCGGCUCAUGGCCCUUAAUUUUGUGGGCUUUGUGGACGAGGUGGAGGAAUCGCUCUCGUUUAAGGCCCGGAACGCGGACCCGCGAGUACGACCGUUCUACUCAAGGAUACUCUACAUGUGGUAUAUCUCUCGUGGCGAUUAUCGCAAUGCCGCCCUCACAAUGUACCAGCGGGCGCGGAAGCUCGCCAGCCUGUUCGGAGACCCGGCGAACUUCAUUGAAAUUGCCGAGUUGCGGCUUGAAGCUUAUGUUGUUGGAAUGAAUGCUCUCGUGCUCACUGAUCAGAAGAACGCAUGGAUCGUCCUGCCCGUCACGGCCGAAUCCGAACACGAGCCCCGUAAGCACCGUAAGCUGUCGCGAUAUAUCCCGGAGGACAAGUACAGGCCCGGGAAGCGGGACAUGGAAGUGGUGGAACUGGCGGACAUGCAAUACGAGUGUAUACUUUUGGCUAUCCGUCUGGAGUUAAUCCACCGCGACCCCACACUUCUGUCAGUUGGGGCCUCCGUUGAUAGCAGCGAAGACACGUCUGACUGGCUGCUAACUGACAAAGUGACUUCGUGGCCCGGCACUGCAGCAGACCGAGGCUGGCGAUACCUUCGAGAGUCGCUGGAGCGGCACGAUGGUCCGGAUACGGAUUACAGAUACACCAAGGUGACAUUGGAAACCAUCUUAGAACUCGAUCGCACAUCACCACCCCCACAGUGGUUGACUCAGUCGCUAGAGGCAAGUCUUCUACGCGCAGCCAUUGUGGGCGCAUCGCUAAUUCCCCCGCCACAGGUGCACCACCCUGAGUAUCUGAUUCGCACAUGCCUGCACUACGAGAUGUUCGAAGGGGCACUGGAGCACACGUUGUCGCUAAUGUGGAGAAGUGACGCUCACCUCGCACAGGAGAGGCCCAAGGCCGCGUCUGUAACCUGGCUACCAUAUACCUUGAUUGACCAGGUUCUCGCCGCAGUGGAUACCCAGCAGGGGCUUCCCAUCGGGGCUCAGUCUCUACGCAAAGAAUUGCGGACAGAGAUUUCCAACCGCAUAAAACGCGUGCAAAAAUUCGGCCAGUCUGUCCGAUAG